UCUGUAAUGUUUCAGCGCGUAAUCCAAGCCCUGGGCGUGUCGUGGCACGCGCACCACUUCGUCUGUGGGGGAUGCAGGAAGGAGUUGGGAGGGGGUGGGUUCAUGGAACAGGCCGGACGCCCCUACUGCUCAUCAUGUUACGCGGAUAAGUUCGCUGCCCGUUGUGCUGGCUGCGGUUCUCCUAUUGUCGACAAGGCGAUAAUUGCUCUCGACGCUAAGUGGCAUCGCGAUUGCUUCAUUUGCACCAAAUGCCGGAAUCCAGUCACCGACUCUACAUUCUCCGUUCUCGAUAACAAACCUCUCUGCGGCAAAUGCGCAUAAAAUACACAAAAACACAAUUAUUUAUUCACACAACCACCCAUCGACAACGUCCAAAGCACACACACACACACACACACAACAACACAAAAGUCACAAAUAUUCCUAUAUUUUAGUAUGAAAAUUUUUCUAAAUUGAAAUUAUAAAUGAUAUAUUUUUGCAUAUAAAUUGUACAUUCCAAUUCAAUUUGUGCAAUUUUAUAAGGCAUGGUUUAUGGAACUUGUAUCUCAUACAUGCAAACUUUUCGUUACAUAUAUUUUUGUAUGGAAGCCAGUGAAGACUGAUUGACAAUUUUGUGUGAAUUGGAUUGGAAAAUAUUGAGUACCGAAAAAUAUUAAAUUUUUAAAUAAUAUUUUCGCUUUGGUAUAUCGGUAGGCGACAAACUUUUAAAUUAUAUACAUUUAUUAUUUAAAUAUUAUUAAUAAAAUUUUAUUCAUUAUGUACAAUAAUAUAUUUAAAUUAAAAUAAAUUAAAAUGAAUUGUCAAAUGUACUGCUGAGCACAAUACUAAAAGAUGAUUGGAUUAAUUAAGCUCAUUCAUUUUAUUGAAGGCUCUUGAGUUAUAUAUUAAGAAAAUUGCUCCGAAAAUUCUAGAAAACGUAAGGAAUCUUUAAAACUUCACGCAUUUUUCAGUUCGCAAGAUAAGAUAAAGUGAUUUCCUUGAUAAAUGGACUAUCCAACACAAGAUGUUUUUUUUAUUCGAACUCGUACGAGUAGUUUCUGAAAUUAGCGCGUUCAAACGGAUUAUACAUAACAAUUUCGUUGUACAUAAUGUAUAAAAGUGAAUAAAA